GAAAUGGCAAAUACUGUAUGCAAUAGUAAAUAAGGACGCUUGGUGGCGCUGCAGGCUAGGAGUUUGAAUGAAGGUCGCUGUGGCUACCCGGGACGCCAUUAAGCUGGGAAUCAGAACUCCGACAGCUUUCUAAAAGAAGGAAGCAUUUUAGGUAAGAUCAAGGGGUGGAGAUCUUCAGAGAGGGCAUCGUUCUAGUGCAAGUCAGUCAGAAAGAUCUAAUUCGAGGUUAUUUAACGAAGCCAUCUGGCUUGACUGUAUACCGAGUUGAAGAAACUGCAUCUUCUUGAACCGGGUCUUAACAAUGGAGACAGCGCUAGCAAAAACGCUACAGAAAAGGCAAGUUAUCUUUCUUGCUCUAUUGUUGCUUUUGUGGGAGGCUGGUUCUGAAUCAAUUAGGUAUUCUAUGCCAGAAGAAACAGAAAGUGGCUCCUUUGUGGCAAACCUGGCAAAAGACCUGGGACUCAGGGUGGGGGAACUGGCCACUCGGGGCGCGCGAAUCCACUACAAAGGAAACAAACAGCUCUUACAGCUGGAUAUGAGGACUGGGAAUUUGCUUCUAUAUGAAAAACUAGACCGGGAGGUGCUGUGCGGGGCGACAGAUCCCUGUAUACUGCAAUUCCAACUAUCACUGGAAAACCCGGUGCAGUUUUUUCAAGCUGAUCUGCAGCUCACAGAUAUAAAUGACCAUUCCCCAGAGUUCCUAGACAGGGAAAUGCUUCUAAAAAUCCCAGAAAACGUCCAGCCAGGGACUGUGUUUCCUUUGAAAAUAGCGCAGGACUUUGAUAUAGGUAGCAACACUGUUCAGAACUACACAAUCAGCCCCAACUCCCAUUUUCAUGUUGUCACUCAUAAUCGCGGAGGUGGCAGAAAAUUCCCGGAGUUGGUGCUGGACAAAGCGCUGGAUAGGGAGGAGCAGCCCGAGCUCAGGUUAACCCUCACCGCGCUGGAUGGCGGGGCUCCGCCCAGGUCUGGGACGACUACUGUCCGCAUUGAAGUCGUGGACAUCAAUGAUAACGCCCCUGAGUUUUCACAGUUGCUCUACGAAGUACAGGUGCCGGAGAACAGCCCGCUAAACUCCUUAGUUGUCGCUGUCUCCGCUCGAGAUUUAGAUUCAGGAACGAAUGGGAAUGUAGCUUACGCUCUUUUCCAAGGCAAUGAAGUUAAUCAACCAUUUGUAAUGGACGAGAUAACAGGAGAAAUUCGUCUGAAACAGGCAUUGGAUUUUGAGACAACUCAAUAUUAUAACGUGGAGAUUGCGGCCACAGAUGGCGGGGGACUUUCAGGAAAAUGCACUGUAGCUAUACAGGUGCUGGAUGUGAAUGACAAUGCCCCUGAACUCACCAUGUCGAGGCUCACCAGCUCUACCCCAGAAAACUCACCAGAGACUGUAGUUGCUGUUUUCAGUGUUUCUGAUCCAGACUCUGGGGACAACGGCAGAAUGGUUUGCUCCAUCCAGAACGAUCUCCCUUUUCUCUUGAAACCCACAUUCAGGAACUUUUACACCCUAGUGACAGAGGGCCCACUGGACAGAGAAAGUAGGGCUGAGUACAACAUCACCAUCACCGUCACAGAUAUGGGGACACCUAGACUGAAAACCCUGCACAACAUAACCGUACUGGUCUCCGACGUCAACGACAACGCCCCGGCCUUCACCCAAACCUCCUACACCCUGUUCGUCCGCGAGAACAACAGCCCCGCGCUGCACAUAGGCAGCGUCAGCGCCACCGACAGAGACGCGGGCGCCAACGCCCAGGUCACCUACUCGCUGCUGCCGCCACAGGACCCGCACCUGCCCCUGGCCUCCCUGGUGUCCAUCAACGCCGACAACGGGCAGCUGUUCGCCCUGAGGGCGCUGGAUUACGAGGCCCUGCAGGCCUUGGAGUUCCGCGUGGGCGCCACGGACCGCGGCUCCCCUGCGCUGAGCAGCCAGGCGCUGGUGCGCGUGCUGGUGCUGGACGCCAACGACAACUCGCCCUUCGUGCUGUACCCGCUGCAGAACGGCUCUGCGCCCUGCACCGAGCUGGUGCCCAGGGCGGCCGAGCCGGGCUACCUGGUGAGCAAGGUGGUGGCGGUGGACGGAGACUCGGGCCAGAACGCCUGGCUGUCGUACCAGCUGCUCAAGGCCACGGAGCCCGGGCUGUUCGGCGUGUGGGCGCACAACGGCGAGGUGCGCACGGCGCGGCUGCUGAGCGAGCGCGACGCGGCCAAGCACAGGCUGGUGGUGCUGGUCAAGGACAAUGGCGAGCCGCCGCUGUCGGCCAGCGUCACGCUGCACGUGCUGCUGGUGGACGGCUUCUCGCAGCCCUACCUGCCGCUCCCGGAAGCGGCGGCCGACCCGGCCCAGGCCGACCCGCUCACGGUCUACCUGGUCAUCGCGUUGGCGUCGGUGUCGUCGCUCUUCCUGUUCUCGGUGCUGGCGUUCGUCGCGGCGCGGCUGUGCAGGAGGGGCAGGGCCGCCUCGUUGGGUGGCUGCUCGGUGCCCGAGGGCCACUUUCCGGGCCACCUGGUGGACGUCAGCGGUACUGGGACCCUUUCCCAGAGCUACCAGUAUGAGGUGUGUCUGACGGGAGGUUCUGGGAGUAAUGAGUUCAAAUUCUUGAAGCCGAUUAUUCCCAAUCUCGCACCCCAAGGAGCAGGUGAAGAACUAGAAGAAAAGACCGUUUUCCGCAAUAGUUUGGGAUUCAAUUAGGGAUCUAUCCGAUCAUGAUGCAGUGUCUUUUGUCACUUAUCUCUAAUUUCCCCAGAUAGAGUUUGAGAGCAUCAUGGACAAAAUCUCAUCUUCAAGUAUAACCUUGAUUUCUCUUUUGUAAUGUAUUUGUUCAUUGCACUUUAUGUGUCCAAUUUUGGAAAACUCAGUUCUAAACCAUUUACAUAUCCAUGCAUGCUGUUGAUUUUCCUGAAAUGUUUGCUCCUCUGUUGGCAUUUGUUGCGAUGAACUGUCUAAAUAAAAUCAAAUAUUAAUU